AUGUUCGAGGGCGACGACUUCGUUGGUGCCGAUGCUGCUGUGUCCCCUGCUGCUCAGCCGAAGGCCAAAUCUCAAGGCCGCAAGCGGCAUGCCGCUGGGGAGCGAAAGGAUCUUCCCAACACUGGUGACAACAGCUGCUUCGCCGAGCUUUGCGAGGAGCCCCGGCUGGCGAAGAAAGCCGGCGAGACAGCGACUCUUUGUGCUUCGUGUGCCACCCUGAGCAAAGCCCAGGAAGUCAUGGCAGAGUACGAGGUGAACAACCCGGACGAUUCAAAGUUCAACAAGAAGCACGUGACCCAGUGGGGUACCUUCGAGAAGCGGCGCAAAGUUGGUCGCUCCCGGAAAGGGUGCAAGCCAUACGAGUUCAAGCAAUGGCUGAAGCGAGGCGCCAACGAGAUGGGCUGGACCGACACGGAAUCCAAGAACCAGUGGAAAAAAUGGCUGGCUUCCAAUGUGGAUCGCGAUACCAAGGGGUUGGACGACCAGCUGCGCCUCUGGAUACCCGUCAUAGAGGAGAAGCGCUGGGUUGAUGAGAAAGCCAAGGAGUGGGAAUUGGAAGAGGGCGGCGAUGUUGAGAAAGACUUCGCGUUCAAGGGCGAUCUGAAAAAU